UGUUUUUAGUUUGAAGUCCAAUGAUUAAGCAAGGGUCAUUGUUCUUGUCUUCUUCUUUCCCUCUAAACACAACACCGGUGCCCGAAACGAUGAUGUUUCAGGAACCGGACCUGGACCCGGAUCUCAACUCGGGUCAACUCUUGGAGUGGUUAGAAGAUUCAAUGCCAGACCUGCCAUUGAUCCUUGACGAUCUAUAUUGCUCCGCGGAUAUCAUGGAUGAUCCGUGGUGGGGUCUGGACCCGUUCGAUGCUAAUAUUAUUUCAACUUCUUCUAACUCUCUAGAUAACUUAACCAGCGUUGUGUGCAGUGCAACUACUUCACCGGUUGUUAUAACAGAUCAGCCACGACAACUGUCGGUCGUGGCUGAUCUGUCAAAGAAGCGAAAGACACCCGAUGAUCAUAUGCCACAGACUGGUAAAAAGUCGAGUGUAAACAAGAAGGGGACCGGGAAACCAGCAAAGGGUGAUGGUAAUAACAAAGACGGACGGUGGGCAGAGCAGUUGCUGAACCCGUGUGCUGCAGCGAUCACUGCUGGCAACGUGACACGUGUCCAACACCUUCUAUUUGUUCUCGAAGAACUGGCGUCCCCAACUGGAGACGCCAACUACCGACUAGCGGCUCAUGGGAUGCAAGCGCUCCUACGCCAUCUUUCCACCACUAGCAGUCCUGCAAAGGCGGUGGCCCCCGCCAUCACUUUCGCCACGUCAAAGCCUAGUUUGUUCAAACGAGCGUUAAUCAACUUUAACGACAUUAAUCCAUGGUUCACAGUGCCGAACAACAUCGCGAACAACGCCAUCCUCCAGGUGUUGUCGGAACAGGAUUAUGGUUCGUGCCGGACUCUGCACGUAUUAGAUAUUGGAGUGUCCCAUGGGUUCCAGUGGCCCACGCUUCUAGAAGCGUUGAGUCGUCGACCAGGCGGUCCACCACCGUUGGUUCGGCUUACCAUAGUCCAGCCGACACAUGAUGACCAUCAGAUUCCCUUUGCAAACUGUCCACCUGAUUACGACUUCACCUCAAACAUUCUCCGUUUCGCUAAAGAUGUCAAUGUUAAUUUACAAAUCAACAAACUCGACAACUGCCCUUUGGAAAAUCUAAACGCGCAAGUCAUCAAUUCAUCUCUAGAUGAAACCUUAAUCAUUUGUGGUCAGUUUAGACUCCACAACCUCAAUCACACAAAACCAGACAACAGAGCCGCGUUCUUGAAACUGAUGCGAAACAUGGAGCCGAAAGCAGUCAUUUUGAGUGAUAACAACAUGGACUGCAGCUACAGCAACUUCGAUUCAACAUUUUCUCAAAGUUUAGACUACUUGUGGAGCUUUUUGGACUCCACAAGCGUGGCGUUUAAAGGGAGAGAAAUGGAAGAAAGAACGCUCGUAGAAGGGGAAGCUGCAAAGGCGCUGAUCAACCCGUGUGAAAUGAACGAGAAGAAAGAAAAAUGGGCGGAGAGAAUGACGGGUGUUGGGUUUGUGGAGCACGCGUUUGCAGACAGUGUUGUGGAUCAAGCUCGCGCGCUGUUGAAGAAGUAUGAUAGUCACUGGGAAAUGAGAGUUGAAGAUAAACAUGGGUCUAUAGGAUUAUGGUGGAAAGGGCAACCUGUUUCGUUUUGUUCUCUAUGGAAAUUAGCAUAAACCGGACCAGACUGUCCUGUUAAACCGGUCUGACCAGUGAACCAGUGGUAGGACGACCUGUUCAAUGACCGGUACGGUUUUCAAAACAUUGGAAUUAGAUUAAAAAGAUCUGGUGAAUCCUAGAAUUAUUAGUAGAAUAAGUCUAUAUUGUUGUGUUUUUUUUUUUUUUUGGUAUCAAGUUCUCAUUAUCAUUAGUUAGAUUGUUACUAUUUCCAAUUUGUAUUUAUAUACAUCAUGAUUUAUUAAUUUUGCCUGCCAUUAUAUCAGA